AUGCUGAGAUCCCUCUUCCGCUCCUCGAGCACCGCCUACCCGCAGAGACAGUGCUUUUUCUGCCUCACCACCUCCGUCAUCCUGCCCCCCUACGAUGGGAGUUCAGGCACCGCCGACCUCGCCGGCGGCACCCGCGACCCCGCCGCGUCCACCUCGGCGCUGACCAUCUCGACGGGCACGCCCGAAAGCUGGUUCUGCUCGUCGUGCCACUGCCACAACACGUUCCACCCAGACGGAUCCUUCCACGACCAGUGGACCCGUCCGAUGUGGGAUGAGCAGUGGAAUCGAGAUCGUAGCCAGCUCCUCAAGCACAGGACGCCUCGUGCGGCUGCUGGACCGGCGCCGGGCGCAGAUGGUACCUCCGCCCCGCAGCCUCGCGAGCAGCAGCAGCAGCAGCAGCAGCAUUACCAGCUCAAUGGCUCGGCCUUCCCACAACAAUCGAACGCAUACGACGGCGAUGGGCGGCCCACCUUCUGCCACACAUGUCAGACCAACCAGACGCUCCAGAUGAACCUGCUCGCCGACUACAUCCCCGACGAGCACGACCCAGAGUACGCCCAAAAGGUCCGGGACCUGCCAGCCUACACCGCCUCAAUCGCAGCUCGGUAUCCGAGCGUCUGCGAGAGAUGUGCGCCUGCUGUGCAGGAAACCAUCCUGCAGCGCGAUCAGAUGGCCAGGUCCUGGUCGCUCGCCCAGUGGCUGGCAGGCAAGAAGGGCUCUGGCAAGGCGGCCGGAAUCAGCAAUCCGCACGGCGGCAGGCUACCGAUAGGCUCGUCAGGUCCACCUGCGCAACAUGGCGGUGCGGAACACCCUGCGUCGCGCUCGGCGACCCGGCCGGCUGCUGCAGGUACCGGGCUUGCCUGGGCGUAUCGAGGCAGCUGCUGGCUGCUCGGCACCGCAGCGGUUUUUGCGGGGUACGCCUUCGCAGCACUGAGGCCCCUCGUCGUCCGCGAGUGGCUCAUGAUCGCCGACUACCUCGUCCACGAAGAGCCGCUCUCGAUGGCAAGCAUCGCGACGCUGGGCGGCCUCGUCGUUCUCGUCAAGGCGCUCCUCACUGGCCAUGGAUGGGACCCGACCGCGCGACGCGUGGCCAAGGCGAGGCAGCGCGGAGUACGCCCGGAAACGCUCGGGCUGGAGCAGUGGUGGUCCUUCCAGCAGGCUGUGCUGUUGCUGCGCCUGGCUAUCCUCGGUGCCGUCGUCGUUUGGCUUGCAGCAUCGAGCUGGACCUCUCUGCCCUUGAUCUCGUCGAUGUCAGAGCAGGCCAUCCGGACCUCAGGAGCGGCCGCCGUAUCGACCGACGUGCUUCUGGUUGCGCUCUCGCUCUGUCGCCUGCGCGUCCGGAUGCCGCCGGCUCUGCGCCUCGUCUCCCGGCCGCUCUCUGUCUCGACGUCGCGAAGACCGGAAGCGGCGAGCCUGGAUCCGGCCGACGAGGCGUUCCGCUCGCUUUCGCUGGCCGAGCAGAGGCACGGGCUGGCGCAGCAGCCGAUCAGCCAUCAUCAGCCGCGCCGUUGGGAUGGCCAGCUCGUACCGAUGUUGCAAGCGGCAGCACCCGCAUCGACGGCAGCAGGCCGGCGCGCUCCCGAUCCUUGGCCGUCGUCCCACGCCCCAUCUGCCCUGGUCCGGGACCGCGAUGGCGAUGAGAUUAUGCACUACAGUCCUCCGCCCGACGGACUGCAAGCGCUGGACGAGAACCCGAGCUUCGACGACGACGACGACGACGACGGCGACGACGACCGCCUCCCUGCAUCCAUGGUCGCUGCCACCUCUUCUAACGCUGGACGAUCUUGGCAGCCGAACCCACAUCUGUGGUCGAAGGGCAGCAGAUCAGGCACGAUGGAGAUGCGCAACGUCGCUACGGCCCGUGCACGGCCGACCGAGGCGUACGACUUCAAGCUGGGCCCGCAGCAGUUCUGGGGACCCGAGAAUCCGACCGGAUUGGAGGACGUGUUCGGCAAAGCCAUCAAGCUCGUCGACGACGACGACGACGACGGUGGUGGCAAAGACAAUGGCCCGGGACAGGAUGGUGAUGGUGGCGGUGGUGGCAAGGGCUGGAAGCGGUUCCUCGGCCUAGGUUGA